CUUCUAUAUAAGCGUAAGGAUGGAGGCAGUCGUAGGUAUAAUAAGCGUGUGUCCUGCCAGUCUCGCAACCGAUAUAAGUUCGCUCUCAGCCGGAUAUUCAUCAGUAGAUUCGGAACACCAGAGGCAGGAUGGAGCACACCUCCAAGGGAGCAAACUGUUAGAAGCGGUACACGUAGAUGUGAUGUGGGAUGUGCAAGUCUAUAAUAAUUGAAACGCGGGAGGAUCGCGAAUUGCCACAAACGGCAAAGCGCGCCAACCCUGUUGGUGAUGAGUUUAACCUCUGCAAAGGAACAAACGCCAACAAAAACCUGGCCAAGCUACUAUGGCUCAGGACGUGGAGGUUAUUUUAUUCCUGAUGUGAGUCCUCCUGUUAUUUUCUCAAAAUUUAUGCUAUGAUUCAUUUUUACUGUUAAUCCUCUCCAAUUGCGCCUGGAUGAACCAUACAUACCCGCUUUGAGCUGUUCUGAGUUUACCCCAGACAGAACCUCCACUCCAGUCUAGACUCUAGCCCACUUAAACGUAACAUUCGUGACCUGUCAUACCCUGCGCUGCGCCAAUUACCGUCGCGUUGGGUUCCUGCAUUGAGCAGGUCGAUUAUUAAACGCUCCAUCCGACAUAUCUUCGCUCCCGAAACCUGCAAAACAUCGCGAAUUGCGUGGGUGACGAGGAGUGUGGGGGACGCCGUCGUCCGUGUUUGCGAACCACAGAUUCAGUUUUGCUCUGUUUCUGUUCUGCAAACCAAUGGCGGAGACGGUGUCCAUUACGAUCUGUGGCGAUGGUGGAUGCGGAAAGUCAUCUAUCACGCUGCGAUUGGUGCGCAGCCAAUGGACGCAUGAAUAUGAUCCUACAAUUGAGGAUUCAUAUUCCGUCACCCGGACUGUUGACGGUGUGCCAUAUUUUCUUGCCUUAACCGAUACGGCUGGCCAAGAGGAAUAUCGUGGUCUCUGGGCUUCCUCAAAUCUUAAGUCCGAUGCAUUCCUCCUCGUCUACGAUAUCACAAACGCGCCUACAUUGGAGGCUUUAGACUACUUCAUGGACAUGAUUGACAUUGAGGCAGAGCAACGAUUGGAAACUAAUGCGCGAUUGAUGAAAGAAAUGGGCCACUUGCGUCAUCCAGGAGAGCUGGUUGCUGUUGGCAUGGCUCCACCGGUGAGGAUCAUGGCUGGAAACAAAUGCGACCUGAAAGACGCAAGGGUGGUGAGCGCAAGACAGGGAUUGGAAUAUGCUAGGAGAAGAGGUUGUGGCUUUAUGGAAACAAGCGCAAGGGAAAUGGUAAAUAUCGAGGAGACAUUUGCUUUAAUCGUUCGUCGCGUCAUCGAAGCGCGGCGUCGCCAUCAUCUCCAACAAUUUCCCGUUCGACCACGAACACCUGGUCAUUCCUCUCUUGCAGCUCAUUCUCUACCCCAGAGCUUAUUUUCUCCUGACCUUAUUUUAUCAUCGCAGACCGAUUCGCACUCAAGGACUCCAGCCCUCACAGCUAAAGAGAGGGAAAUUACGGACAAUAACAAUAAUGAAACAACUGAAAGCUCCUUGCAGAAACCAAGCCAGUGGCAGGGCCUGGGGAGCGCAAUCUCCAAACGUAUCCGGAGCAUGAAGUCCCGGGAUACCGUGGACCAAAGCCACAAGUCACCACCAUCCACUGACCACCGCGAAAAGAGUAUAUCUGAAGCGGCAAAUCCUGAUCCAAACGACCCCCCGCAGCCUAGGGAGGAAGGAGAUGAUGGCGUCGUAGUAAUGAAAACCCAAGGCCAUAUGAACGACAGAUAUGAGCCUGGAGGGUCGAAGAAAAUUUGGUGGACGUGGCUUUUCUGCCGAAAUUAGUGAACUAUUUUCAUCAUCUACUGCCUACAUAUAUCGAAUAUUCCCAGCGAAUUGGUUGUAUCAACCCAGGUUUGACCUGGCAACCGCGCCGACUCUCACAGGCCCGUUUCAACCAUUCGCAGAUUCCGCUUGUUUACACCCCUUUCGUUUUAUUUGUGCAUAUUUUACUACGUUAUAUCUUUAGUAUUCUAUCGUCAUCACCUCUUCAAUUUUUACCUACGGUUUUUGGGCGCUGACUGCAUGUUCAUGAUUCAUUGUUAUUCCCCUUGUCCUCGAUGUUCGGUAUAUUCCCUUAAUGGCGCCGAUCUAUUUUGUCGGCCAGUCCGCACGCUCUCUAUACGAUCCGAUUUACUUGUUUUCUUUCAUUGUCGUUUAAGCUCUGGCGAGCGAAGACCUGCUAUAUUUCAUUUGUUCUUGCGAGCUUAAUGCUCCUAAGUCUUUUCUUAUUUCCCUGAUUGCCAGUCCGGAGUGCUUGCUAAUUCGGGCGCCCCUGCAUCUACCGCCCUCGCUGGUGUCCAUGGAAGGAACCCCACUCCUCUCUCUGUCAUGUUCAUAUCACGUUCCCUUUUUGUCUUUCUUUUCUUCUUCUUUCUUUUUCCCCCCAAUUAACCAUGUUUUCAAAGUUUCUAUUCUCAUUCGUUAUAUAUUUCCGGGGUAUAAGUUCCUUUUUUGCUUUAUAUACUUUUUUGCCUUUAUUUCCAUUACUUGACGUCCGACCCUUUUCUAUGUUUCUCUUUGCAUCUCUUCGCAGUUUUUUUGGACCUCUCGUUUAGAAUGCAAAAGGAGCAUCCCUUCUAUCAACUAUUUGGAUGAAAAUAAAAGUAUAUAAGGGCGAGCCUUUUCCUUUGUAUAUUAGACAAUGUGCUGCAAUACAUCUGGGAAGGAGAAUGUAAUCGUGUACAAGCCGCAAGAUUCUAAUCUUAUCUCCUCCAGCAUGUCAUAUCCAAUGCCCAACUACGUCAAAGAAACCUUCAACGAAAAGUCCACGAUUCCCACCCCCUGAUGAAUACUACUAGUGGAUAAAAUAUCCACAUCCUCAGCCGCAAAUGACGCCGCGUUCUGCUCAUUCAACCCACCACUAACCUCGACCAAAAACGAACCGCGCGGUUUCCCCUUAGCCGUCCACUCAUCCUUCAACAAUUUCGCUGCCCCGGCCACCUCCGAUGCGGAGAAGUUAUCGAGCAUGAUAAUAUUUGCACCUGCAGAGAUGGCGGCAUGGGCUUCUUCAAUGCUGCGACACUCGACUUCGACUUUGGUGGAGAAGCCCGCUGCGGCGCGCGCAGCCUCGACGGCGGUGGGGAUGGCUUGGGCUAUUGACGCUGCCGUUGCGGACUGCACCUGGCCUUUAUUGUAACAGGCCCAGAUGUGGUUGUCCUUGAGCAUGGUCAUGGAGCUGAGGUCGUGGCGGUGCGGGUCGGCCCCGCCGACAAGAAUGCCAUAUUUCUCCACGAGGCGGAAGCCGGGUGUCGUUUUGCGGGUUCCGGCUAAGAUUCCGUUCCAGGAGUGAGAACGGAGGAUGUUGACGAGGGUAGAUGUCCUUAGUAGUUUUUUAGUUCUGGUUCUUUGUGAAUAGGCCAUAGUCCUGGCCGUCUGAAAGGGGAAGUUGGGGGAAGGGUUUACUUCGUUGCAAUUCCAGAGCAUCGUGCUAGGAUGUUCAACGCAACUCGCUCACCCAGGAGGAUUUUGCGCAUUGGGCCACGAACGAUAGCACAUACUGUGAUCGGUUCGAUCGGUUCGCCUUCUUUGACCUUCCACUCAACGCUAGUAAACCAAAGGGCAGAAAGAAAAAGUGAUUAGAUAGGGUUCCUCAGGUUUGCAUAUAGGUAUCGGUUUGAAGGGUAUAAAAACAAUGGAGGAAGUGGCUCAUACGUGCAACCUAGCUGUGAGAACACUUCAUUGAAGAAAGGCACACCUGCUACUACGCCCUAAAAUUUAUCGUAUAAAAUUCCAAUCAGUAAUAUGCGAGAAAGAGUCAAACGAGAGAUGCGAUUUAGAAAGACAAGGAUAUUCAAUAUGAGCAAAAGGAUAGAACAUAUUUCUUCAGAUAUGGUCACUUUUCGACCUUAAGAGUCGAUUUAUUCAUUUUGCUCAUGGAGCAAGAACUUCUGAAGGGGCUGAGCGCUGAGACCUUGGGGGCAUCAUUUAGGGGAAUGGCAUUCGAAUGCAUACGGCAUCAAUGUCUUAAAACAUAUAUGCAACAACUACUACCGCAGGUUGCAACAAAAAAGAUAAAUCAAAUUUCCACUAUGAUCUGAACCCCCAAUUCAGUUUGCUCUGCUCCUGGUGUAGGUGGGUGGGCGGGUCAAAAUGGAAAAAAAAAAAAAAAAGCCACUUCUACAAAGGCAUCUUCAUACCUUGCUCUUUCCCAAUAGCUUAGCUUCACCUUCAGCUUCUCCAACGACGAACCCACCAUAGUCGAAGCUGGGGCAAUCUUCCUCCAGCCAAGCAGUAAUCGUGUGCUUGAAAUUGAGUGGUAAAAGAUGGCUGAGGUCACCGUGCAAUGACGCCAUGAUAGCAGAUGGCUUGGAC